AUGGCCGCCGUUCAGAACAGUCGCGCGCGUUCUGCACGCGUGGGCGCACCCGCCGUGCCACCAGCACCCGCCUCACGACGACCGCUCUCCAUACACGGCCGGCCACCCGCAGCCGCCUCAACGACGCCGUCAGCCGCCCCGAACCAGUCCAUCCCCACGUUUCUGACGAACCUACGACUGCUGGACCUCGAUCUGCGCGAGGACUGGCCCGACGUGACGCCCGCCACGUUUGCCGGCACCACGCAGAACCACAAACGAAGGGUGCAGGCGGUCGAGUGGGCUCUCUAUCGGCUCUUUGAGAUUUGGGAUCCAGAGGACACAGCGUCGAAACUCAAACCGUACUUCCCGGCCGUCGAUCAGCUACAGUCUGUCAGCCUGCGCGCGGCGCUCCUCCGCGGCCUCGAAAACGCAAAGAAGAGUGGUGCUCUGGGCCGUGAUGCCCUGAUCCGCAAGACGAUGCUCGACGACUGCAAGGGCGAGCGCCUGGAGGAAGUGCUGGCCGCCUUCUCCUCGGCGGUGCUGCGGAGCACGGUGGCGGACCGGCGCGGGACGCGCCCCUUGGCCGUCGACGUCGCGCUCGAGGAUAGAGGCUACCAGGGCGACGGCCACCUGCUGCGACCGCUCAUCAUCGCCCACCGCGUAUCGCUGAAGCACGCGCUGGACAGGCGCCGCCAGGCGGGCGCCGCGUUCAGCGACUUUGGGGAACUGCUUGCUAUGAAGGAGCGCGGCAUCACCCGCCGCAACGAGAUGCUUCGCGCCAACGAGACGGCCGCAACGCACGCCGCCGCCCUCGCAGAGGACACACGCCGCCGCGUGCGACAGACAGUGAAAAACAACUGGUCCGGCCACGAGGCCUGGAUGGACACGCUGCUCGCGGGCGACGCGGCGGGCCGCCGCGCCACGGGCCUGCUCGGCACCCCGUACGACCGCGUGUGGCGACGCGUGCAGCAGGGCCGCCUGGCGGAGCUCGAAGACGAUGACCGCGGGAUGCUGCUCCAGCAGCUCGACGGCCGUGUCGAGGCCCAGCGGCUGCGGCUGGCCCGCUGGGACGAGCUGCGCCGGGACAUGGCGGGUGGCGGCCGCGGGAACAAGCGGCCCGCGUCGCCCCUGAAGAAGCGGGCGGCACCAAAGAAACCCCCCAAAGGCAUCGACUUGCAGUUCAACGCGCACGCCGACCUGCAUGUGCGCGCCAUGCUCGGCAUGCGACCGCCUACCCACGAGGAAACACUUCACGGAGACUACGCGACCAUGAUGGACGAGCUUGACCUGGAGCUUACGGAGCUGAAGACGACUAGUUUUGAAAACGCGGUGCAGAGGCUGCAUACGAUGCGCGCCCAGUACGGCAACACGGACACGUCGGUGCGCCUCGCCAGCGACCCCAUCUCCGAGCUCAGCGACCUCGGCGACAUGGACGAGGACGAGGACGACAUCCACCCGGCGCCCUACGUGCCCCCCUCCCGCCACACCAUCCACCGCGGCACGGCGAGCCGCCUGCCGUCACGACCCGCCAGCAUGUACGCUCCCGACCCGUCCGUCCCGGUCCGGCACCGCCCCGCCGCCAGCGAGCGCUCCUACAGCACGCCCUACUCGGAAGACGGCUACUCGUCCGCCUCGACGUCGCGGCAGCCGUCGUCGUCGCACAUCGGCGGCACCCUGCGGCAGCAGUUCACCGACGGCGGCGAGAGCGCCUCGUCGCCGCCCACGAGCGGCAGCCUCGCCGAGCACGCGACCGCGCGCAGCAUCUCGCCGUCGCCGUCCAAAUCCUCCUCCACCAAGGCCCCGCGGCACACGCUCUCGCUCGCAGAGCGCACCCGCAUGUCCAUGGCGCGCCGCUCCAUGCAGUUUUUCGACGACGAGGCCCCCGAGCUGCGGGGCGCGGCGCCGGCGCCGGCGCCGCGAGCAGACGACGAUGAUGACGACGACGACGACAUGAUUGCGGAUCUGGCGAGCAGGACCCGCAUGAGCAUGGCGGGGUUCGAAAAGGCCCAGCAAAGAGCCAGGACCGACCGCCAGCGCGAGAUGCGCAGGGAGCUCAAGAGGGCGAGGGCGCUGCCGCCGAGGCGGGAGGGCAGCCAGUGGGCGGAUUGA